ACUUCAGCAUGUCAAUAUUCAAUACAUUUAAACAAAAGCACUCUCCUGAACCCAGCAACUGCCAUGUUCCUCCGGUAAAAUCCCAUACCCCGCCAUCAGAAUGGCACAAUUCAUACCCCGUACCGCGUUCCCCCAACAACUCUCUCUCCCUCGAUCGUACUACCUAGGCCAUCAUGCAUCCGGUCUCUCGCGAAUGAAAACUAUGCUCUCAUCCAUCGACCUCAUUAUAGAAUGUCGAGACUACAGAGUCCCUCUCACAUCUCGAAAUCCGUUAUUUGAACAAUCGCUCGCGGGAAGAGAAAGAGUCAUCGUGUAUACGAAACGGGAUUUGGGGUAUCAGGGUUUGGCUGUGGAUAAAAAGAGAGAAGCAAUUAUAAAAGAUUGGCAUAAACCCUCCUCCACUCUCUUCUCAAAUCACAAAUCCAAAUCCGAUAUCCAAACUAUUCUCUCGCUCUGCAAAGAACAUGGUCUUGCGCAUCAAUCCCUAACCGGUUCUCGAAUUCUUGUAGUGGGUAUGCCUAAUGUUGGGAAAUCUUCUUUAUUAAAUGCUCUACGUAUGGCUGGCGUAAAUAGAGGCAAAGCAGCAUUCACAGGUGCCCAACCCGGUAUUACGAGAAAAAUCGCAUCAGGUGUCAAAAUAGUCGAUCCGGACCCGGAAGCAGGAACAGAGGGUGUCUAUUUAGUAGAUACUCCCGGUGUGUUUGUACCUUUCGUACCGGAUACGGAUAGUAUGUUGAAACUGGCGUUGGUGGGAAGUGUCAAGGAUACUAUUAUUGCGCCAACGACAUUAGCGGAUUAUUUACUCUUUCAUAUAAAUUUAAAAGUGGGAGGGAGCGUGUAUAAAGAAUACUGCGAGGAAACGAAUGAUAUCGUACAGUUUCUAGAGGCGGUUUGUAGGAAAACGGGACGCUUAGGGAAGGGCGGGGUACCGGAUGUAGAGGCUGCAGCACUUUGGGUGAUUCAGAGGUGGAGACAGGGUAAUCUGGGGAAAUUCGUGCUAGAUGAGGUGGAGGUUGAUGGUCUGGAAAAGAAAGUUAUGGAGGAGGUGAGGAUGAGUGUCAGUCAAGCAAGGAAACAGGCGAAGGAUACUCAAAGGAUGAGAGCGAAGACCAGGAGGGCGGAGUCAAUGGGUUGAGGUUGCGUGUGUAGGAACUUCCUUGGGCAUAUUGAUUCUUUCCCACGCGGUUUCGGGCCCGCGUUGUACAUGUCAUCCGAUAUCAUCGUGUGAUUGUGCAGCUCUGUGUUGUCAUCAAUCAAUAUCAACUGAGGGGAAAACGGAAAACAUGAAAUUAGGCGAAUAUAUCGAACCAGAUGGAUUACUGGCCACAUUGACCUACUACCUACUGCUCUACCAAUUUAAAGGCUCUGACGACCCGAAAGCCACUCACACUCAUACCCUCGCAACUCUUUCCCCAAGUUCCAUCAAACCGGACGGUCACUGCAAACCAACUUCAGUUCCCCUGUCACAGGCGCCACUGCCAACAAACCCCCUGGAACAAGGAGAAUUAACGUUAUCCUCGAUAUACAGUACAUCGAUCUCAUCAUCGAGACGCUAUUAAUGUCUCGGGGGCUCGCUUAGAGAAUGUAUACACAUGGGUGAGGAGAGAUGAGCAUGAGGAAGAGCUUUAGUAUGGCUAUAUAGUAGAUGAAGGAUAGGGAAGAAAUGUAUGAGAACUUAUAUGUACUAUAUACUCUAUACUAGUUCGCAUUUGUAGUUCUAAUAGCUAUGAAUAAAAAC